AUGCGCGUGCUCUUCAAAGUUCGAAGCUGCUUCGUCUGCAAAAUCUCGUCGGCUUUGUAUUCCUCUCAUUCCCCCUACCUCCCUCACCAACUCACUACCCUCUCCACCAAAAUCCCAACUUUCCAAUCUCUACUUCAAUUUCACGCAAUUACUGUCACUACAGGCAACUCCAACAAUGUCUUCGUUGCAUCCAAGCUCAUAUCUCUCUACGAUUCCUUCAACCACCCCACUUCCUCCACCAUGGUAUUUCAUUCACUUGAUGAUUCCAAGGACGUCUUUGCUUGGAACUCCAUUGUCAAAUGCCAUUUCUCCCAUGGCAAUUUUUCUCAAGCUCUUAGCUUCUACUCCCAAAUGCGAGAAUCCGCUGUCUUGCCUAAUGGCUUCACUAUCCCCAUGGUUGUUUCUGCGUGUGCAGAGCUGAUGUUGCUAGACUAUGCAAAAAACGUUCAUGGCUUGGCUGCCAAGCUUGGGCUUUUGGCUGAUGGGUCUGCAGUGGGUUCAUCUUUUGUGUCCUUGUAUUCCAGAUGUGGCCAACUGGAUGAUGCAUCUCACAUGUUUGAGGAAAUUCCUGUUAAAGAUGUGGUUGCUUGGACUGCGCUUGCUAUAGGGUAUGUGCAAAAUGAAGAGAGUGAGAAGGGAUUGAAUUGUCUUUGUGAGAUGCAUAGGAUUGGUGAAGUUGAUGUGAAGCCCAACUUUAGAACAUUGGAGGGUGGAUUUCAAGCUUGUGGGAAUCUUGGUGCUCUUUCAGAAGGCAGAUGUUUACACGGGUUAGCAUUAAAAAGUGGAGUUGGAUGUUCACAAGUCGUACAAUCUUCAAUUUUGUCCAUGUAUUGCAAAUGUGGGAUUCCCCAAGAAGCUUACCAAUCCUUUUGUCAAUUAAUUAACAAAGAUCUACUAUCAUGGACAUCAGUCAUUGGUAAUUUUGCAAGGUUUGGGUUGAUGACCAAAUGUAUAAGGUUUUUUUAUGAAAUGCAAGAAAAACAAAUAUAUCCGGAUGGAAUUGUCAUAUGCUGCAUCCUUUUAGGUUUCAGUAAUUCCAUGAAUAUAUCCGAAGCAAAAGCAUUUCAUGGGUUAAUCGUAAGGAGAUAUUAUGUAUUUGAUGAGAUAGUCCACAAUACGUUAUUGUCUAUGUACUGCAAGUUUGGAAUGUUAAGUUUAGCUGAGAGGCUUUUCCACGGGGAUAAAAAGAGCCUAGAGUGCUGGAACUCAAUGGUUAUUGGCUAUGGUAGAAUAGGUAGGAGUGUGAAAUGUAUUGAAACCUUGAGGGAGAUGCAACAUUUAGGUAUUCAUUCUGAAUCAAAAAGCUUAGUUUCUGCAAUUGCUUCUUGUACUCAGCUAGGAGCAACCAAAAUAGGAAGGUCAAUCCAUUGCAAUGUGAUAAAGAAUUUUAUGGAUGUCAAUGUCUCAGUGGCCAAUUCACUAAUAGACAUGUAUGGAAAAUGUGGGAAGAUGGCUUUUGCUCGGAGAAUAUUUGAUAGGAUGGAGAGGGAUGUUGUCUCGUGGAAUGCCCUGCUAUCGUCUCUUGUUCCAGCUGGGCAUCACCAAGAGGCUAUAGACCUAUUUAAUAAAAUGGUUGUAGAAGAACAAAAGCCAAAUACAGCCACCCUAGUUGUUAUUCUUUCAGCUUGUUCUCACCUCGCGUCUCUGGAGGAAGGAGUAAGAGUUCACCAUUAUCUAAAUGAAAGAGGUUUUGAACUCAAUGUACCACUUGGCACAGCUUUGGUUGAUAUGUACGCUAAGUGUGGGCAACUAGAAAGGUCAAAACAAAUGUUUGACUCAAUGGAAGAGAAGGAUGUAGUUUGUUGGAAUGCGAUGAUUUCAGGUUAUGGAAUGAAUGGAUAUGCAGAAUCUGCUGUGGAUUUAUUUCAAAGAAUGGAAAAAGCAAAUGUUAAACCAAAUGAAAUUACCUUCCUUGCUCUUCUCACAGCAUGCGCCCAUGCAGGACUUGUUGAAGAAGGAAAGCACCUGUUUGCUAGAAUGCGGAGUUACUCUAUGAAACCCAAUUUGAAGCACUACACUUGUAUGGUAGAUCUUCUAGGGAGGUCAGGUAAUCUGCAAGAAGCAGAAGCUCUAGUCCUAUCCAUGCCCAUCUCUCCAGAUGGCGGUGUUUGGGGUGCUAUAUUAAGUGCUUGCAAAACUCAUAAUCAAAUUGAGAUGGGAAUAAGGAUUGCCCAGUACGCUGUUGACUCAGAUCCAGUAAAUGAUGGAUACUAUGUGACGCUAGCCAAUAUGUAUAGCUCCAUUGGGAAGUGGGAAGAAGCAGAAAAUGUCAGAAGGAUGAUGAUAGAGAGAUGCUCAAUAGGAAAGAAAGCUGGUUGGAGCAUGCUCUAAGCUAUGAGGCAUCUCUAGAAGUUUCGGAUGUGAAGGCUAAACUGUGGACAUGUCAAAGGACAGUUAGCUUAGAAACUUGGCAUCGAUCUUGAACCCAGUGGCAUUUAAACCAAGUUUUAAUAGAUUAUCCAUGAUUUAUUUUGGCCCUAUCUGGAACGCUUGCAGAGCCUACUGUUGGGUUAAGCAGCUGAUAGAAAUUCCUAUUGGAGGAGGCUUGUUGAUGGCUUUGAGGACCCCUUAAUCCUGAGACAAAUCCUGAGUAAAAUUUUACAGUACAAGUGGGACAAGACACAUUCAUACAUCAACUUUUGCGUGCAGACACAUGAGAUGAAGCCAAUGAGUGCAGAUACACUAAUUGUUUAUUUGAGAGGCACAAAAUGUUAAUUCAAAAGCCUUUCGAUAGUCAAUGGAGGAAAUGAAGGCAAACCAAGAGUUUGCCUGCAAUGGGAUAUGGUCUUCAAGAGUUGGUUCACUUUGCU